AUGUUCACAUUUCGCGAAUUGGUCGCGGCUGAGGAAUUCUCAUUUAUACAGCCUCCUCCUCCCUCCCUGAACCCUCCUCCUUCCCUCCUCCUCCCUCGAAGACUCAUCAUUUAUCAGCAAGUCUGUCAGGUUGUGUCGUCCAAUGAGUGCCUGUGGGCGGGCGCGGCGCGGCCUCAUUGGCUGCGGGCGGGCUCGUUAUAUAACCUGCUGUUACAAUAUACAGUCAGAGGGAGACGGCCGGCUCGUGAGGCUCAGCAACAGUCGCUGUGUGCCAGUGUAGCGAGCGCGUCGUGGACCAUGCUAUAG